CUCAUCGUCCCCGAAAAAAUCGUGAAGCAGGCGACACCCGCCAAUGGCGGCAGCAGGAGCUACAGCGGCGGCAGCAGUAGCAGCUGCCUCGGCAGCGUUCUCCUCAUUCCACCUCUCCAGGCCUUCCCUCGCUCGCAGACACUUCCGCACUAUACCGGUACGCUCCUCAAUUUCACCUCCUUCCACCACCAGCGCCGAAUUCAACAUCUCCUUCGCCCCCAAAUCGAAAAACCCUAAACCUCAAUCUGAAACCCUCCUCAUUCCAUGGAUCGUCCGCGAUGAGAACGGCAAUCUCAGGCUUCAGUCCACGCCCCCGGAGCGAUAUCUUCAAGACAUGGCCAAAGCGAAGGCUCUUUCUGCCAAGAAGAAGAAGAAGAAGGAAGAGAGCACCGCCAGAGCCGUCGCGGUGGAGCCCAAGUAUUCCAAGGCCGCGCGGAGGUUUUACAAUGAGAAUUUUAGGGAUCCGCCGCAGCGCCUCAGUAAGGUUCUCGCUGCUGCUGGAGUGGCAUCGAGAAGGAGCAGUGAAGAGCUUAUUUUUGAAGGCCGAGUAACUGUUAAUGGUUCUGUGUGUAACACACCUCAGACUCGAGUUGAUCCAGCCAGGGAUAUGAUUUAUGUUAAUGGAAACCGCCUUCCGAAGAAGCUCCCUCCUAAGGUGUAUCUUGCCCUGAAUAAGCCAAAAGGGUACAUUUGCUCAUCCGGAGAGAAAGAGUCCAAAUCUGUUUUGUGCCUAUUUGAUGAUUAUUUGAAGAGUUGGAACAAACAAAAUCCUGGAGUACCAAAACCAAGAAUCUUUACAGUGGGUCGCCUUGAUGUUGCCACAACUGGGUUGAUUAUUUUGACCAAUGAUGGGGAUUUUGCUCAAAAGCUUUCGCAUCCAUCGUCCAACCUAUCAAAGGAAUACAUUGCAACAAUUGAUGGUGUGGUCAAUAAGCGGCACUUGAUAGCUAUCAGUGAGGGAACUGUUAUUGAAGGUGUUCAUUGCACUCCAGAUUCUGUGGAGCUACUACCACCACAGCCAAAUAUAUUGAAACCUAGACUUCGUGUUGUGGUUCAUGAAGGGAGAAAUCAUGAAGUUCGGGAACUUGUGAAAAGUGCUGGACUUCAGAUUCAUUCACUAAAACGUAUACGCAUAGGUGGUUUCAGACUUCCAUCGGAUCUUGGGCAUGGGAAGCAUGUUGAGCUAAAACAAGGUGAUCUAAAGGCUUUGGGUUGGAAGAGUUAGAAAAAGUUGCUGCAUGAGGGCUGGAGGUGCUUGUUCCUCAUACUCAAGUUCAAUUGAAUAAAACCCCGUUUAGGUGUAAUCAAGAAUUUCGCUAAUGUCUUGCACAUGGGAGCCAUUCGGUGGUGGGGUUCACUCUAACUUUCUUGGACCAUAUUCAUAAUGGCAUCAUGUUUACUAUGGGUUUUGAAGCUAAUAUAACAGACUGAGCUAUGUACAUGAUCUAUUCCAGUUGGAAGACCUCAUACAACACGUGUGGUAAAAUCUUGUGUUUAAACAGGGAAAUUGCUGGGUUGUGACUCUUGUAAGGCAUCACUUUGUAGAUAAUGCAAAUGAACUAAAACCUUAUGGAUUGUCAUGUUUUAGAAGCUCCUUGAUGGAGAUCAGAAGUAGCAACAUUUUAUUUUCCUAAUGUUGUAAUUAUUAACUGACAGAACUCUUUUUUUUUUUUUUCUAAUUA